AUGACUUUCAUCGCCGCCCUCUGGCAGUACAUCCGUUUUUACUUGGAUACCAUCAUACAUUCCGGUGCACCCGCCCUCUUUUUCAUCCGACCUCGAUGGACCGAUGCCCAGAUACCGGAUAUGUACGGCAAGGUCGUCAUUGUCACCGGAGGGAACAGUGGUACCGGUUAUGCCACCUGCAAAGCACUCUAUGAACAUGGCGCUACGAUCUAUAUGGCGUCGAGGAGUGAGAAACGAGCGGAAGAGGCUAUCGCUGCCAUCCGAGCCGGAGCCAAGACAGGUAUGACAGGCUUUGUCUAUCCUCAGCCUCCAGCUCCCAACGACAACAUGGCUGUCGAGGUAUCCGAAAGCGUACCGAAGAGGAACCAGGGUCAACUGAUAUACCUCAACCUGGACUUAUCCGAUUUGGACAGUGUGGAACGCUUUUGCUCCGAGUUUGUGGCCAGGGAGACAAAGCUUGACCUUCUGUUCGCCAAUGCUGGCGUCAUGGCAAGUCCCGCAGGGUUAUACACAAAGCAAGGAUAUACUUUGCAAUUCGGUACCAAUUGUCUCGGUCACCACAGACUAAUCGCUCUUCUUCUUCCUCUCUUACUUGAGACUUCACGUGCCAACCCCUCCCAGCCUCCCCGCGUAAUCGUAUCCUCCUCAGUGGGACAUAUAGGCGCUCCUCCCGGCGGUGUCAAAUACGAAAGCGUUGUCAGAGAUCAUUCCGGAGUUGACCAGACCGACGCUGGAGAACAGGUCAAGAACCCUGUACCAGGUAAAAACGAGCUGCCGAUCUGGGUAGAGUAUGGACAGAGUAAAUGGGGUUCUAUUGCAUUGGCAAAAUGGCUGCAUUGGCAUCAUGGUCCUGGCAAGAUGUUGAUUUUCGCAGGCUCAGUAGCUACCAAUUUGGCUCAGCAUCUUUCUCUCACACCGGUGAUCCUUCGUCGCGCACCAUGGGCAGUCCCACUGUUGACGUGGACAGCUGUCGAUGGUGCGUCCAAUCAGCUUUGGGUGGCAACGUGCAAUACGGAAAGAGCUCGUAAAUUGAGCGGGGCAUAUGUCGUACCUUUCCAACAUGUUGGCCGAGCCCGUCCAGAUCUUGAUGAUCGUCUAAAACUGGAACAGUUGUGGGAUUGGUGCGAUGCUCAGGCGAAGCGA